GAGAGAGUUGAGGAAAGGGAGGCGGAAGGGGAGAACGGAGGAAAUGAGGAAUUGGGGAUUUGGUUGGGCAGAGAAAGAGAUGCUCAGAUUGUGAGAGAUCUGAGCUGAAAGAUUCAUUGCUUUUAGUGGGAACUUCCUUCUUUGUCUUCUGUCCAUGUAACCGAUAGAAUUCAUUGAUAGUACGAGAAGGAAAGCUCUCACUUUUCUGCUUCUCUCUGUUUCUCUUUCUAUUGGGAAACCAUGGAAGCAAAUGCAGGAAUGGUUGCUGGUUCGCACAAACGGAACGAGUUUGUGAUGAUUCGACACGAAGGAGAAGUUGGGCCCAAGCCCCUGAAGAAUUUGAAUGGGAAAGUGUGUCAGAUCUGUGGAGAUACAGUUGGGCUUACUGCUACCGGCGAUGUCUUUGUUGCUUGCAAUGAGUGUGGUUUCCCUGUGUGUCGGCCUUGUUAUGAGUAUGAACGGAAAGAUGGGAACCAAUCUUGUCCCCAGUGCAAGACUAGGUACAAGAGACACAAAGGGAGUCCUCGAGUAGAGGGAGAUGAUGAAGAGGAUGAUGUUGAUGAUCUGGAGAAUGAGUUCAAUUACACCCAUGGAAAGCGUCAGUGGCAGGGAGAUGAUGUUGAUCUUUCUUCAUCUUCUAGACAUGAGUCCCAACAUCCAAUUCCGCUUCUCACUAAUGGGCUGCCG